AUGGCAUCCGGCAGCUGCGCUUGUCAUUAUAUCAGAUACACGGCCUCUACUCCUCCAACCUGCUUGGUCAAUUGUCACUGCACAACCUGCCGCAAACAAGCCGGCGCACCCUAUCAAACCUGGGCAUUCUUUGCAACUGACGAUAUCCGAUGGCAUGUCAAUCCCACAGAACGCCAGGUAACCAACGGUGCUAUACGUACCUUCUGUCCUCAAUGCGGUUCGACUCUCGGUAUGCUCCAGCAUCAUGAUCCGAAGGGCAUCGCAAUCGCUGCGGGGACACUUGAUGAGGGGAAUACACAGAUCCCGCUGCCAAGCCACCAUAUCUUUCUUAGUGAGAAGGCGUCUUGGUUUGAAUUAUCCAAGGGGGAUGGGGCAAAGAGAUGGGACAAGUGGAGGAAAGCAUUAUUGUGA